AUGCAGUGGAUAGAUAAUACCAUAUUAGAAUUCUGGAAUUGGGUCAGUCUACGUCUUGCCGUCUUUACGUACGUAGGUGCCAAAGCAGCUCACAAGACGUCGCGAUUGGCUGCAAAUGUAUGUGGUCAUGUAGAAGGGCAGAACCCGUACGCAGUAGGCGGUGUUGCAACUUUAUUGACAGUGGCCUUAAUCCUUAGUGUAUUGUUUGUGUGGGUAGCGUCACGCCAAGUGCGACCACGAAAGACAAUGCCCAAGCUUGAAAUGCGACCGUCGUCACCGACAUCCAAGCGCAUGCGUCAUCAUUCGAGACACUCGAAAUCAUUCUCUGAUUUGUUGCAAGCAGAACGUGAACGUAUGCAAGAGAUUCGUCACUUGGAGUUGGAAGAUCAUAUUACAUUUCCCAAGGAAUUGCGUCAGAGUUGCGGUCCAGAGAAUCUCAAGUUUAUUUAUGAUACAUUGUCCAAGAUUUUUUCGUUCUUACCUGGUGAAUUUGUUGAGUCACUGGCACGUGAUUUAAGGAUUCUACGUUUUGCGGAGGGUGAGACUAUUUUCAAACAAGGAGAGCUAGAUGGAUCCAUCUUGGUCAUUGUCAACGGCUCGGCGUCGUUGACGAUCCAGAGUGACAAAGCAGACCAACGGUUCUCCAAGUUACUGCGAUGUGGUGACACAUUGACGUCAUCGCUGCCUUUAUUGACAGUGCUUGUAAAUGAGUUGGAGAACGGAGAAUGCAGUGCCCAGGUGAAAAAAGUGUGCGAGAACUUGUUUGCAAGAGCAGAAGAAAACGGCACUCGUCUGUUUAAGAUCCCGAUACAUUCGAUCAAAAAAGUGCUUGAAAAAUACCCUGAGGCUUUUUACCGACUAUCACAGGCUACUCUUAGCCAAGUGAAAAAGAUCACGGCCAAGUCCCUGAUCGAUCACUUUGGACUUUCAUCUGAGAUCAUCAAUAUUACUCCUUUAGUGUGCUUGCCGUCCUCGAGUGGUGAAGAAGGCAGUGCUGUAGACGAGAUUGUGAACAAUGUCGCGGACGCGAUCGGGUUAUUUGAUUCGGAGUUGCGAGCAACGCUUGCUAGCUCUGUGGAAGUUAUUAAGCGUUCAAAGAACCAGAUAAUCCGUAAGGCUGGCGAUUCCUCGAGUGCACUGGGUGUUCACAUUGUACUGGAUGGAUCGGUUAGCAGCCAAGUUGCCACUGCCCCGCAAAAGUAUGCUGAGCUGUAUAAAGCUACGAAGGGGUGUGAACUAGGUAUUUCUACGUGUUUUGUUGGAUCGCAUUUCUUCGCGACUCGCUAUGUAUGCCUCGAGGAUACGACCUUGUUGUGGAUCCCCGAAGCACUCUUUUGCAGUUUGCUGCAAGUCAACCCCGUUGCUGUUAAAUGUACACGCCAUAUAAUCCAGCAGUACUCUGGCCUAGUAUGUGUGGCCGAUACGUCGUUCGAAUGGCUGCAUCUCCGCAGUGGUGAAAGCUUGUUUGAUCGCGGAGACUUGUGUGAUGCUGUUUUUACAGUCAUCAGCGGUCGCCUUCGUGUCGUGCAAAUGCACUCGCAUCGCGGCAAAGAACUGGAGACGAUGAAUGAUCUUGUUCGAGGUGCCACGCUGGGUGCAAUGGAUAUGCUUGCAGCUGGAGCCAGCAAUUCUUCUGUGUUUGCGAUCCGUGAUUCCCAAAUAUCUCAAAUGUCACGGAACGUGUUCGAUUAUGUUGUAAGCAAGUACCCGUCCGUGAUUAUUCAUUUUACAAAAAGUUUGGCGCGUCGAAUGCCAACUCCUCGAGUAAUUUCCCGAAACGCUGACGCCAGUGGCAUCAAGUCUCGUAGUAACGACUUGCUUUCUCUUGGCUCGAGUCCCGCUGCUACCGAUGGGCAAAAAGCGGGCAGCAAUCUCCCAAUUGGCACCAUUGCCGUUCUCUCUCUAACAAAGAUGACGAAGAUCACGACUUUCUGUUGUCACUUAAAGAUGUCGCUGAAAACACUAGCUUCAGUGGAGCUAGUGUCAUCCCAAAAAGCCAAAGCAUUUCUCGGUGAACAGUGGAUCAGUAACUCCCGCGUAUCACGGGCAAACCUCACAGCCUGGAUGGGGGAAAUCGAGAGCUCCAGUGGACUGGUAAUUUACGAAGCUGAUCUACAGUUGACUGCCUGGACAAAGCUUUGUAUUCGCCAGGCGGAUCACAUCUUGCUACUCUGCUCUGAUGCACACCCACAGCAGGCCUUUGUGAGUGACAUGAUAUCGAUUUUGAAGGAUGCUUGGGACAAAAGAGAUGCUAAGAUUAACGUCGUACGUAUCCGCGAAAAGGACUGGACACUGGCUGCACUGGAGGCGGCCGCAAUAGAAGAGGCUAAUGGAUCCUCACGCUCUUACGCGUUAAAGAGAAAAAUUUGUCUACAGAUGGAUAGUCCGUUGCUGCCGCGCUUUAUCCUUCCUAUGGAGAAGUACGAGUGGAUUAGUGGGUUCCACAAUGUGCAAAUUCCGUUUGAGGACCACCGGUCGGACUUUAUGCGCCUGAGUCGGCGAAUCACCGGCAAUGCCGUGGGUUUAGUGCUUGGUGGAGGCGGUGCAAGAGGUCUUGCACACAUAGGCGUGCUGCGCGCGCUUCAGGAGUGCGGUAUCCAUGUAGAUGUCGUCGGGGGUACUAGCAUUGGUGCGUUCAUUGGUGGCAUCUUCGCGCUCCACCCAAAUAAUUUAAGCUUGGUUGAGGCCAAGGUACAGCAGCUCUCAACAGGUUUAAGCAGUAUGUCUGAGAAGCUGCGAGACAUGACAUUGCCCAUUACUUCCUUCUUCAAUGGCACGCGUUUUAACAAAAGUAUCCGCGCGCAUUUCUACGACCUGUCGAUCGAGGAUUUAAUGCUGAAUUAUUUCUGCGUGUCUACGGAUAUUGCAAAGUCGCGUAUGAGUGUACACCGCAGUGGCCCGGCUUGGAAGUAUGUGCGGGCAUCCAUGAGUUUGCAAGGGUAUUUCCCUCCAGUUUCAGAAAAUGGUUCACUGCUGCUGGAUGGUGGGUAUAUGAACAACCUUCCAGCUGAUGUCAUGAAGGAGGAAGGUGGCAUCAAGUACAUUUUCGCUGUGGAUGUGGCCAGCGAAUCGCGCACUCAGUUUUACCACUAUGGUAGCGCACUAUCGGGAUGGUGGUUGCUGUGGAACAAGCUCAAUCCGUUUGCCAAGACGGUAGUGGUGCCUUCCAUGGGCGAUGUGUCAGCUGCGUUGGCGUACGUUUCAUCGGAGCAGCACAAGAACCGCGUGAAGGAGGAAUGCAUUGAUUUGUAUCUACGGCCACCGGUCAAGGACUAUGGUACCUUGGAGUUUAGCAAGAUGGAAGAGAUCAUUGAAGUCGGCUACAAGUACGCGUUGCCGCGUAUCCAAGCUUGGGCUGCCAGGGUUUUAGACGCUGAACCAGACGCCGAUAUUAAACGAUCAACGCCGUGA